CAAUUUAAAGUGUGAACAUCGUGCACGUACCAUCCUGUGCUCAUCAUGACUGGAAGAGGAAAGGGAGGAAAAGGCCUGGGUAAAGGAGGAGCCAAGCGUCACCGAAAAGUGCUGCGGGAUAACAUCCAGGGCAUUACCAAGCCCGCCAUCCGCCGUUUGGCUCGGCGUGGAGGAGUGAAACGUAUCUCCGGCCUCAUCUACGAGGAAACCCGUGGCGUGCUGAAAGUGUUUCUGGAGAAUGUGAUCCGUGAUGCGGUCACUUACACUGAACACGCCAAGCGACAAACCUUUCAUCCUCUUGAAGCAAUAAUCACCGUGUGAAACAUACCGUUUUUUUGCAUCAGCUCAAAUCUGACUUAC